CUCCGGCCUGCUCCAGUCUAUUACUUAGUAGUAAAACAAAGAGCAUUUUUCAGAGAGAGAGAAAGAGCAGUGAAUUUCCAAGCAUGGGAAAAUCAACUGCGUCAUGCUUCAAGAUCAUCGCCUGCGGCAGCGAUUCCGUCGACCAUGGAGAUCUUCAAACGCCUCAAAGCAAGCUCUCAAGUGCCCGGAGUGGGUGGAGUUUUCGGAAGAGAUCUGCUAGACAUCAAGUAUUGAGUAACACUAUUAUCUCAGAAGCACCUUCUUACACUGAAAGCCCAGAGGCUACUGUUGCCAACUUACCAGUGCAGCCAAACUUGUCUGUUCCAGAGAAGGCAUCUGUAAUUCAAUGGACGGAUGAAAAGCACAGGUUGUCUGCUCAAGUAGACUCAAAUCUUUCAAACGUAAUCGCUACUGAUGAAGAGGAGUGUAGUGUAGAUGCAACCCCCAAAGAGUCCAGUGCCAUCCUAAUCCAAGCUGCCAUCAGGGGAUAUCUGGUCCGAAGGAUGCUUCUGAAGCAGAAGAACAUUAUCAAACUCCAAGCUGCUAUAAGAGGUCAUUUAGUUCGAAGGCAUGCUGUUGGUACUCUUCGGUGUGUUCUAGCCAUUAUCAAAAUGCAAGCUCUUAUACGAGCACGCCAUAUCCGUCUCAAAGGAUCGGGUGACUUUGAGAAGAAGAAGAAAAUUAGUGUCAUGGAUGGUCUCAAUUCAACAGUCUUGAGGAGCAAAACAGAAGCCAAGGCAAAUAGUACAAGCGCUUAUAUUUCAAUUAAGAAGUUACUCGGCAAUAAAUUUGCUUCUCAGCUUAUGGAAUCUAUGCCAAAGACAAAGUCCAUCAACAUCAAAUGUGACCCUGCAAAAUCAGAUUCUGCAUGGAAAUGGCUUGAAAGAUGGAUGUCAGUUUCACCAGUGAGCAACAAAGAGCAAGACAAAUCUGGGUCAGCUCCAGAACAGCAUGAGAAGGAAAACAUUGGGUGUGAGCCGAAAGACUUAAAAUCUGCUUUGGGACCAUCAGCUGAAUCAUCUGAAAACUAUGAAAACUUGAUAACCCGUGAUGCUGACAACUUAGAUAUCCAUGCAUCAUCAGACCCUCUAUUGACUAGUCAUCCCAAACUGCAGAACGCUGAAAAGUCAAAUUCAAGAUAUGAAAUGGCAGAAUCAGGUGUUGUUGAAAUGAUGGAAACAGGUCUGAUAGGAAAUAUGGAAGCCAAGCCUGUCUUAGUUAAGUACGAAACUAAUAAUCAGCAAGCCAUGCACGAGUCAGAAGAGUUCUCCUUUGUGCAACCCGAAAUUGAGAGGAAAAGGUUUCCUCACAAGGCAAGCAAUCCCUCUUUUAUUGCCGCCCAUUCAAAAUUCGAAGAACUAAGUUCUGCUGGUCCACCAUUUAACUCUGGGGAAAUUGGAUUAAAUAAUGCUUCCCUAUCCAAUGCCGUGACCAUUCAAGUUGCUGGCUCAGAAUGUGGUACUGAGCUUUCCGUUACUUCUACCCUUGAUUCACCAGAUAUGUCGGAUGGGGGAGUCUAUGAUCUUGAGUUGGAACCUAAAAUUUUAGAAGAAACUGACCAUCCUAGAAGCAGAGAGAAAUUAGAACAUGAAGCUUUUGAGAACUCUAGCAUAUUGGGAACUGAACUGUCAUAUGCCAACAUCGAUCACUUGGAGAGAAAUGAAACUGUCCACCCAUCUUCUGGUGAGCACGUUAAUUCUGUGCUUGCUUCAGAAUCACCACCCCAUGCGAAGAAGCUGGAAUCAGAUCAAAGUAACACGCAGCAGGUGAAACCGGGAUCUGAUGCAAUCCAUAUUGUGGACAAGUCAUUAACUAAAGUUUCUCCAAGAAGCAAUGUAACUCUCCCUAAAUCUCAAGCAAAGCUUUCCAGCCAAGUUUCUGUCAGUCCCAAGAAAAGCAAUGGUGGAAAAGUUAAUUCCAAUGAAAAGAAGAAAUCUUUAUCUGCUGAUAAGAGUUCCGUCUCUACUCCUAAUUACGAUUCUCCCACUCAAAGUAGUUUGAAGCCGGCAGAGGAGCCUAAAUCUGGAAAGAGGCGUAAAUCCUUUGGUUCGACAAAACUUGAAUUUACAGAUCAGGAACCAAGAGAAGCUAGUAGCCAAAAUUCGCUACCAAGUUACAUGCAGCCAACUAAAUCAGCACGAGCCAAAGCAUUAUCCAGUGGAUCUCUAAAAUCAAGUCCUGAUGCACAAGACAAGGAUAUCAUCCUCAAAAACAGACCCUACCAUCCUGGUAAAAAUGAAAGAGAAGGAUCUCCCCGUAUUCAGCAUUCCCCAUCUCAGGCACAACAGAAUGCAAAAGGAAAUGACACCCACUCCCCUCAAGCCCUUGCCCUUGCGCGUUUGUGGACAUGGACGACUCAACCACCAACGACAGCUGUCACCAGCCACGACUGGCCUUAUUAUUCUGGUUGAGAAAUUCAUAGGAGUCAACCAGGUGUUAGGGGCAGUGGACAAGCCAUCACCAGCCGUGACGGACUUUAAUACGCCUCCUACAUAAAUGGCAGCCAGACAGUACUUCCGGAACCGUCUCCUUUUGCUGGGGCAGUAGCUACUAGCUACUAAUACUAUUAUGCUCAUAUGCAGUCGGCAAUUUCAUGCCAUAAGUAUCAAACUUGUGCAUGCAGUGCCAAGACUGGCUGCGUGCAAAUUUGGCAUGCAUGGCAGGAAUUCGGUCAAUUCAUACCAUCUUAUUGAGCUUGUAUUGUUUGAAUUCAAACUGUGCAUAUCAAACUAAGUAUGCGUUGUUUGAAUUUAUACUAAUGAUAAACUCAUUAGUUCAUGUACUUAGGGGUUAGACUUAAGUAUGCUUUGAAUAGGAUUUAAAUUAUUUGAAUAUUUUUUUGUUCGAA